AUGUCAAACGCUGUUCCGGGCGGUGCCACUUCUGCACCUGAACAAGAAGGUCACAGGCUACCUACCAAUGUCUAUCCCAGUCUCUACGAACUGGUCAUCAAAACCGAUCUCGUCGCUUCUCCACCAACAUUCAGCGGAGAAGCCCUCGUACACCUCGAUAUCAAAGAAGAUUCUGCCUCUGUUCAAUUCCACUAUCACAAAACUCUCACUAUCACCCAUAUCGCAAUCUCCACUUCAGAUCUCAAGACCACCUCAAAUCUCAAUAUCCCCCUUUCCGCUCUUAGUUUGAACGAAGAGAACGAUGUGGCCACCUUGGACUUGAGCGCAUUGCCUGGAGGUGGACUGAAAUCGGGUCAGAAGCAGACCAAGAUCUUCUUUAGGUUCGAAGCGGAAUUGAAAUCUGCUAUGCAUGGGUAUUAUAGAUCGGAAGGUGAUCCAGAUGAGAAUGGGAAGAAACCUAUCUAUGGUCUCACUCAAUUCGAAGCUACCGAAGCUCGAAAGGCUUUCCCAUGUUGGGACGAACCCCUCGUCAAGUCGAAAUUCGCCAUCUCGAUGAUCGCCAGGGAGAAGAACACUUCACUUAGUAACAUGCCUGCUAUCUCUGAGAAACCUUGGAAAGCCCCAUCCAACGCUUCUGUCGAUAAUGUCUUCAACGAAAAUUACGAAAUUGGUUCUUUACUUGGCGGAUCCGUUACACUAGGUAAGACCGAAGGCAAAACUGAGGGUAAGACUGAAGGCAAGACCGAGGGUAAGACUGAGGGUAAGACGGAAGGAAAGACGGAAUCCAACGAGGAAGGAUGGAAGAUUACCAAAUAUGAGACUUCCCCUCUCAUGUCUACCUACCUUGUCGCCUAUGCUUCGGGAGAGUUCGUAUCUCUCGAAUCAGCUCAUCACUCCAAAUUGACCGGAAAGACCGUCCCUCUCAAGAUCUACGCCACGAAAGAUCAGAUUAAACAAGCUCAAUUCGCUUUAGACAUCAAGAAAUGGGCUUUACCAGUCUACGAAGAGAUCUUCGAUAUCCCUUACGCCUUGCCUAAACUCGAUACACUCGUUGCUCACGAUUUCGAUGCUGGAGCUAUGGAGAACUGGGGUUUGAUCACUGGACGAACUACGGCUUAUCUCUAUGACCCUGAGAAAUCACCUUUAUCAGCGAAGAAGCGAGUCGCUGUCGUCCAAUGUCAUGAACUCGCUCAUAUGUGGUUCGGUGAUAUUGUUACUAUGAAAUGGUGGGAUAACCUAUGGUUGAACGAAGCUUUCGCUACCUUAAUGGGAGAAUUAGUCAUCUUAGAUCGAAUUUGGCCAGAAUGGAAACCAAGAUCACAAUUCUUGAAAUCUCACUUACAAGGUGCCUUGGAUCUCGAUUCUCAAAGGUCUUCUCAUCCUAUCGAAGUUGAUUGUCCGGACUCCAAUCAAAUUGCCCAAAUCUUUGAUGCUAUCUCGUACUCCAAGGGUGCAUCGGUAUUGAGAAUGUUAGCUUCCGUCGUAGGAGAACCAACUUUCCUCAAAGGUGUUUCGAUUUACUUGAAGAAACAUAUUUAUGGUAAUGCCGAGACUAAAGAUUUGUGGGAUGGUAUUUCCGAAGCUUCCGGAUUGGACGUAGCCAAAAUAAUGAAGAACUGGACAUUGAAAGUUGGUUUCCCCGUGAUCAAAGUUGAAGAAUCCUCCGAUGGCAAGAUCAAAUUGACCCAAAAUCGAUUCUUAUCCACUGGAGAUGUCAAACCUGAAGAAGAUGAAACUAUCUGGUAUGUUCCCUUGGAAGUAGCUACUCUCGAUAAAGACGGUAAGAUCUCUGUAGAUCAUAAAGCUACUCUUGAAGAGAGAUCUUCGACAUAUGAUUUGAAAGGAAACGAUUCGUUCAAAUUGAAUGCUCACACUGUCGGUGUAUACAGAGUAUCAUACGAACCUGAAAGAUUAGUCAAAUUGGGUAAAGAAGCAUCUAAAUACACUAUUGAAGAUCGAGUUGGAUUAGUAUCAGAUGCUGCUACAUUGGCUAGAGCAGGAUAUGCCAAGACAUCCGGAUCGUUAAGCUUGAUCAACGAAAUUGUGAAAGGUGGUGAAGAAGAAUAUUUACCUUGGUCACAAAUUGGUUCUGCCCUUUCUAGAUUAUCAGGUGCAUGGUGGGAACAACCUGAAUCAAUCCGAAAAGCAUUCAAUAAAUUCCGAAUCGACUUGUUCAAACCUCUCAGUGGUAAAUUAGGAUUUGAAGGUGGUAAAGAUGAAUUACCUGAGAUUAAGGAAUUGAGAGAAUUGAUCAUUGGUACACUUGCUGCUACUGAGGAUGAAGAUAUUCUGAAAGAGAUUAAAGAGAGGUUCCAACCUUUCUUGGAGAACAAUGACGAUUCAAAGAUCCCACCUGAUUUACAACGAACGAUCUUCAGUAAUGUCGUUGAACAUGGUGGAAAAGCGGAAUACGAGAAAUUGUUGAAUGUUUAUAACAAACCUCCUAAUCCGUCUACGAAGGUUGAUGCGAUGUACGCUUUAACCUCGCCAAAGGAUCGGGAAUUGUUAGAUAGGACGUUUAAGAUGAUGGGUGAUGGGAGUGUCAAAGAUCAGGAUCUGUAUAUUUUCUUCUUCGGUUUAUCAGCUAAUAAAUACGCUAGAAGACAGAUUGCCGAAUACUUUGUCAAGGAGUAUGAUACUCUCAUGAAACGAUACCCUGACGGAUACGGUGUCAAUUACCUCGUCAAAGGUGCUUUCGCAUCUUUAUCUUCUCAUGAUGAUCUCAAGAUGGUCAAGGACUUCUUCAAGGAUAAAGAUAUUCGAAAAUACAAAUCUGCUGUCGCGCAAACUUGCGAUUCUAUCCAGGCGGCUGCUGAUUGGGUACAAAGAGAUUCAGGGGAUGUUGAGAAGUGGCUCAAAGAGCAUAAAUACCUCUAA